CCCUUCCACACUCAGACUGCAACCAAAACAACACUCCACAUUCUCAGGAACAGGCGUUCCGAAGGCACAUUCUGGGGGAAGAGAGACACGGCGACAACAUAAUCUGUAUCUAUCAUUCAAGGGGAUGUUUAAUUUAAAGUGGACCCACUCCAUGGAAUACUAAUUAGCCAAGCUUAGGGUAUUAGCCUCAGUCCUGUAGAUACGGUCUUCCUUGUUCUGAAAAAUCUGUUUGAUGUCUGUAGCUGGGUCUUUUAUACCCGUAUUUCAAAUUAACGUCAGUCAAGGAAAAUAGGCUGCAUGAAUAAAAGAGCAUGGAUUUCAUAGGACACAUUAGGUUGAUUAUUAUCUAUAAAUUAUGAUUAAAAUGGACGAAGAUGAGAAUGAUGAUGAUAAUGUGUGGAAUGCAUCGGCUGUUAUUCUGGACAUCGACUCAGGAUCCUGGGCGGACCGCUCACCCCUCCACGAUGCUGCAAGUCAGGGCCGCCUCCUGGCUCUUAGGACCCUCAUUUUACAGGGUCACAGUGUGAAUGUUCUGACCAUAGACCAUGUGACACCCCUUCAUGAGGCCUGUGUUGGAGACCAUGGCGCCUGUGCCAGAGCUCUCAUUAAUGCAGGGGCAAAUGUCAAUGCCUCUACAAUUGAUGGAGUCACCCCUCUGUUCAAUGCCUGUACAGUGGGCAGUGUGGCAUGCACUGAAAUUCUUUUGGAAAAUGGAGCAAAACCUCAGAGCCUUGUAUACCACCCCUCACCGAUCCAUGAAGCUACAAGCAAAGGUCAUUACGGUUGUGUGGAGGCUCUGGUGACUUGGGGGGCAGAUGUGGACAUGGACAUUCCUCACCUGGGCACAGCGCUCUAUACGGCCUGCGUCUGCCAAGAGCUGGAGUGUGCCAGGAAACUCCUGAGGGAAGGUGCAAAUGUACAGAAAGGCAAAUCCCUGGAUUCACCCUUACAUGCGGCUGCAGAAAAAGACUCCACAGCUGUGGUGAAGCUGCUGCUGGACUUCGGUGCAGACAUUAAUGCAAGGAACACAGAGUUUCAGAGGCCAGUAGACGUGGCUCCACCCAGCAGUCUAACAGAGGGCUUCCUACUGCUCUAUGAAGCUACACCACGACUGCUGAGCCAGCUGUGUCGUCAGUGCAUCAGGAACUGCGUCGGCCGUGACAGACUCCACCUUCUUUCCCACCUUCCCCUGCCCAACAGGCUCAGGAGCUACCUGCAGUACCAAUGACAGGCACAACAACCAAACUGUCGGCCGAAAUGGGACAGGAAAGAAGUCCUUAACACAAAGAGCGCCUCCAUAAACUCUUCCUACCUUUAAUUUUAGCUUCCAGUCAAUGCAGUAAGCAAUUAAUUGAAAUUAGUCACAGAGUAGACAAUCUGUGUUGAGCUGGCUUGCAUCCCAUAUGUGACUGUGGACCCGGGUGAAUGUAAAGCAGGGGGUUUCUAAAAUAAGAGCUUGUAGGAUUAUCCUUGGCUGGAUAAACUGUGGUUAAAGAAAUCUAAUCAAAGUAUUAUUUGCAAUUCAGUUUUUGUCAUAUUUAGAAGAUGCUGUAAUAGUUGCAAUAGCUAUCAGACAGUGAUGCACUUUUAAAAUAUUAUGAUGUCAUAAAUGCACAAUAUGUGAAUGAGCAUUCAUUAUUUAGCAUUUGAUAUAUAAUGCACUGCACACUACUAGAUUAUUAAAUUGUUUUGAAAUCUGG